AUGGAGAAGAACGAGACUGCAAGCAACGAGCAUGAACAUGCUCUCUCCAAGAGCGUGGAGCUGGUGGGCGUAGACGACUACGUCCCCGACAGCGACGAAGAGAAGAAACUGGUCCGCAAGAUUGACCUCUACUUGCUUCCUCUAAUCUUCGUCAUGUAUCUCCUGUCUUACAUGGACAGAACAAACAUCGGCAACGCCAAAAUCGCCGGCAUGGACCGCGACCUCGACCUCGACUCCUCCCGCUACUCAAUCGCCCUCGUCGUCUUCUUCGUAGGCUACGUCCUCUUCGAGGUACCCUCCAACAUGGUCCUAACCCGCACCCACCCCUCCCUCUACCUCCCCGGCAUAAUGUGCCUAUGGGGCUCCGUCACCAUCGGCAUGGCCUUCACGCCCACCUACAAGGCCCUCAUCGGCUUCCGCGUCGUCAUGGGCGAGGAGCAGAGCAAGAGGUUCGCCGUCUAUAUUUCUGCGGCCAUCUUGUCGGGCGCCUUUGGCGGGUUGUUGGCCGGCUCCAUUACCAGCGGACUGGACGGGGCACAUGGGAUCGCCGGGUGGCGGUGGUUGUUUGUCGUCGAGGGGGCCGCGACGGUGGGCGCUGCGCUGGUUGCGUUUUUUGCGCUGCCUGACUUCCCGGCGAAUACUUCGUUGAAGAAGUUUAGUGAAAAGGAGAGGGAGCUGGCGAUUCGGAGGCUCCAGAGCGCGGCGGAACAUCUCAGGACGGAAGAGGAGCCUCGGCUGGGACAUUGGGCUGCCUUUAAGCUCAGCAUGAUGAGCUGGAGGACCUGGCUCUUUGUCGUUGGCUACAUGGCUAUCGUCGGCUCCUCAACGCUCUCCUACUUCUACCCGACCCUCGUCUCAGGCCUCGGCUACAAAUCCACCGCCGCCCAAUACAUGACCAUUCCCAUCUUCGGCAUCGCCUUCGUCUCCACCGCCGUGACGGGCUACUUCGCCGACCGCCACUCGCGCUUCCGCGGCCUCAUCCUCGGCGCCUGGAUGACCGUCGCCAUGCUCUGCGCCGUCGUCACCUGCGUCGUCUACGACUUCAGGGCGCGCUACGCCCUGCUCGUCGUCAUGGCCUCCGGCCUCUGGGCCUCCAACGGGCUUGCGCUCUCGUACGCCUCGGUGAGCUUCGGGUCCAUGCCCAACGAGACGCGGGCGAUUUCGCUGGCGUUUGUGAACGCCAUGGGCAACCUGGCGCAGAUUUACGGGGCAUACCUGUUCCCGUCCAAGGACGCGCCGAAAUAUCUGAUGGGAUUCGGCGUUAUUAGCGGGUUGUGUUUUACGGGUGUGGUGUCGUAUGUUGCGCUUCACGUCUUUUUGAGAAGAGAGAUGAGGUCGGCAUGA